UGACUCUGAAUAGUUCUCACCACAAUCUGCGGUCCCUUUCAUUUUCUCAUAUAAAUCAGAGCUUUAAGCAAAACCAAGCUUCUCAAAUUUAAAAUUCAACCUGGCAAAAAUGCUCACAUCCAUGAAAUCUCUCGUGUUUUCUCUCACAUUUUUGCUCAACUUCUUCUCCGUCCCCCUUUUUGCCCUUAACAUUGGAGUUGAAACCACCGGAAUCGCUGUCUCUGUGAGCAAGGAGUGCAGCAAAACAUGUGAAUCCAGCUUCUGUUCAGUGCCUCCAUUAUUGAGAUAUGGAAAGUACUGCGGACUUCUGUACAGUGGGUGUCCAGGGGAGGCUCCUUGCGAUGGCCUUGAUGCUUGUUGUAUGAAGCACGAUCAAUGUGUUCAAGCCAAAAACAAUGACUACUUGAGCCAACAGUGCAGCCAAACAUUCAUAAAUUGUAUGGAGAGUUUCAGAAAUAAUGGAGGUGCUACAUUCAAAGGAAACAAAUGUGAUGUUGAUGAUGUUAUUCGAGUUAUCAAGCUUGUCAUGGAAGCUGCUCUGGUGGCCGGAAGGGUUCUCCACAAGCCGUGAUGAUCCUUUCUUCUUUCUGAUCAUUUUCAUAUUUCACUUACAUUGAGAAGAAAUAGGAAGCAACUUUCUUAUUCUUCUAAUCAUUUUUUGUUUUUCUCCAAAAGUAUGCAAACUCCGAUCAAUGCUUUAUUCAUUACUUUGGUUCCCAAGUUUCUUCCAGCUUUCUCAUUAUCUUCUGAUAAAAACAAAUACGUAUAUACUUUUCUUUGGUUUAAUGACUUAAUUUCUGUAAAAUACUUGUU